AUGUAUUAUAGGAACGCAAACUGUGCCGUAGUAGUUUAUGACAUAACUCAAGCUUCCUCUCUUGACAAGGCCAAAUCAUGGGUGAAGGAGUUGCAAAGACAGGCAGAUCCAAAUAUUGUCAUCGCGCUUGCCGGCAACAAGAGUGAUUUGAGUGCACGUAGGGCGGUUGACACUGAAGAAGCUAAGGCCUAUGCAGAUGAUUUGAACCUCCUGUUCUUUGAAACAUCCGCAAAGACGGCCACCAAUGUCAACGAAUUAUUUACAUCAAUAGGCGCCGGUCUAAAUCCCAGGGGAGUUGAUUUGAACCGUCCGCCACCAAACACUAACUGCGCAUGUUAG